UCGGCCCGAGCUGCUGCCAGCCAACUCUCGAAGCACCGCAGCAGCGCCAAGGACUUUUCUUCUCUGCAGCAGGUGGGAGCCCGCUCAGCACCCAGGCAGCUACAGGAAGCCCCAACACCCAAAGCCAAGAUGUCCAGCAAGAGAGCCAAGGCCAAGACCACCAAGAAGAGGCCCCAGAGGGCUACGUCCAAUGUCUUCGCCAUGUUUGACCAGUCCCAGAUCCAGGAGUUUAAGGAGGCCUUCAACAUGAUUGAUCAGAACCGUGAUGGCUUCAUUGAUAAGGAGGACCUGCACGACAUGCUGGCCUCUCUGGGGAAGAACCCCACAGACGAGUACCUGGAGGGCAUGAUGAACGAGGCGCCAGGGCCCAUCAACUUCACCAUGUUCCUCACUAUGUUUGGGGAGAAGCUGAACGGCACAGACCCCGAGGAUGUGAUCCGCAAUGCCUUUGCCUGCUUUGAUGAGGAGGCCUCAGGGUUCAUCCAUGAGGACCACCUGCGGGAGCUGCUCACCACCAUGGGCGACCGAUUCACGGAUGAGGAGGUGGACGAGAUGUACCGCGAGGCGCCCAUUGAUAAGAAGGGUAACUUCAACUACGUGGAGUUCACUCGCAUCCUCAAACAUGGCGCCAAGGACAAGGACGACUAAGCUGUUCUUAGCUGCCCCAGUGCCUAGACCCCAUCCCAGUCACCGACCUCCCCAACACAUGCACUCUACCCUCCCCAUGACGAAUUAGGGUCCCAGCUCCCAGGGCCGGAACUGAGCCAUAAGAUCCACAGGGUGAGGCAGGUGCUCCACAGUGGGCCCAGGCACUAGAAGGGAUCUCUGACCCUACAAGGAGGGACCACAGUGGGGAGGUGAGCCAAGGGUGGGGCCAGCAAGCACCAAGGUGAAGCCACCGAAGAUGGCACUCAGUCACACCCUCCCAUUCCCGGGCUGGCUGAGGAGGGAAGCACCCGUGUUCUGGCGGUGGACACUGAUUCCCAGCAUCCCCACAAAGGUACACACCCAUUCACCAUGUCCCUUCAGAGGGUGACAAUCUGCACUUAGGCCUGUGGAGUUGUCCCAGCACACCCAGAACACAUUGAGGGACAGUCUCUAAUACAAGGCUGAGCACA